UCAUAUUAUAAUAUAUUAAAUCUCAUUAUUUGGCACGAAUUACGUCAAGACUUCAAUAUCUUGUAUGAGUACUUGCUAAAACAAGCGUUCAUCAUAUCCUGUCGCAUUUUUAACGUCGUUUGUACGUUUAUUUUUCGCGCUAUUUUAUCGGAGUUCUGUGCGUUAUACAUUGUGUCACUACUGAUAUAUUAUUCUCCUGCUCUGGUGCGUCAGCGUCGGUAACGCUGCAAGCUAGAGUAAGAGCGCAAUAAUUAUAUGUAGAGACAGAACUUAUCCCAUGGACCGCGCAUUCAUACAGUAAGUGUAAGUAUAGCGAGUGGUAAGACAAGGACAGCUCGGAAUAACACGGGCAUAUAUGGCAAAGUUGAUUCCCUUUUGGGCACGAUCUCUCUGUCGCUCUUGCGUCUCCUCUAUCUUUGUCUUUGUCUGGGAGCCUAUAUUCAUCCCCACCCUUGCAACUGGCCUCAGGCGCUGGUUAUGGCGUUAUUCGUCAACCGAAUGCGGAGGUGCUCGGAUCGAUCGGUGAUCGUGUAGCAAAAAAGGUGAGAAGCUAUUGUUAAUCUGCGGCCUAGACGGAAGAAGCAAAUUCGUCAUUAAAUAACGCUGUUUUCAGAGUGGUGUGCGGAUAUUUACGACAAAUAAGGCAAGCACGUUAAAGCGUACAUCAUUUCUUGUCUGUCGUGCUGCAGAACUAUGUAUGCGGUGAUUGAAUUCUUGGUUGGCGAAGAUAGAGAAUGCGCAUUGGUACCAGUUCUUUGGCUGGUCGAAAACAACACCCAAUGUUACUGGCCACGGACAAAAACUGAAGAUCAUUUUACAAAACUUGUAAAAUCAAAGGCUGCCUAUGAAAAAACAUGGCCAAAGUUUGCCAUUCACAAAGUACUGCAUACCGGAGAUGACUACCACGACACCGAAGCAACGAUGGCGCGCCUACUGGAGCUGGGCACGUCCGAUGAAUCCGGAAUAAUUCGCAACAUCGCUAAAAAAUCCACUGUAAUACCUCAGCAAGAUAUUACCAAUGACGUGGACGAGAAUGAAGCUACGAACAGUGAUGAUGUCGAACCUGAGCCGCAAAAGAAAAAACGUAAACACAAAACCGACAAGAAGAAGGCUAAAAAUCGACACGUUAGUAACAAAAAAAAAAAAACGAAGCGUUCUCGUGAAAGUUCAAGUAGUUUAGGUUACACCUCUUCAGCUGACGAGAAUUUGCCACCGUCCGAAGUCGAUGAAUCGACUUCUAACCGUAAUAAGAAUACUCGCUACAUUAACUCAGCCAAAGGAUCUACCAAAAAUCAGACACCAAAGAAAAACUUGGCCCACAAGAUCGUACAGCACCAGUAUAAUGAUAAUUCCCAUGAGUCACCGAAUCAGUUGUCUGGAUAUGAAACAUCAAAUAGAAACAUUUCUAGUAGGAUCAUCAGGUCUACCACGCAAUAUGACUUAUCAAGAUCCUUUUCACAACUUGAACCUUCAACCCCGACCACAUCACGCGAACAGAAUACCUUUGAAGAAAAAACUCUGCAGUAUUUAGAACACAUUAAAUCCUACACUGAACAAAACCAUCUGCUACUACGUAAAAUCUUCUCAAAACAGAAGGAAGUCAGCAUCGACGUAACAAAGAAACCAGCCGAAUUCCCAAAACUUCCUCUUAACUCCAUGGAAGACUUCUCCAACCUCGAAAAUAUCCUGAAAUCCGAAGAGCAUCGAACUUAUUUAACCGGGAAACUGGCUUCUAUUGGAGGGACAAGCGGUCGCCAAUGUGUGUUGGCUAUAAUGAGGUCACUACUCACAAACGAAUUAGCGAUGCAAUUCAAUUGGGCAGGGAGGGACAAAGUCUCAUUUCAAAAGACAUUGACAAUGGAAACUGUUUACGAGGCUGUGAAACAAACCUUUCUUGGCAAGAAGGAAAUUGGUGAUGCAACCGAAACCAGUGUUUCGUGUGCCGUGAAAGACUGGUUAAAACUAGCUCGAUCACGGCAUACCUAUGUACGAAAGAAGGGCUAAGAAACUGUGGUAAACGUCAACUAAUUUUAAAAACAGUCAUAUAAAAGUACAAAUCAUACAGGCAUAUAAAUAUUUCUGAUAUAAGUGUAAUAUUCUUAGCGUUUUCUGUUAGUUGUAACUACCGUGAAGACGAAAGUAUAGUGUAGGUUGAGCUGUGUCUAUGAGCUACAAGAUGUACCUUUUUUUUUGAUAAAUGAGUAUUUAUAGAUAUAAGAUAUUUGUGUAACGUUCUAACAAAGAUAUAAUAAAAUCGAUUCACAUAUAUAAACUAAA